AAUGUCUGUGCCUGCAAGAUAUUGUUGUAGCAAUAUCGAUUUGCAGAAGUGGUUUCAACCACAACUGGCCUUUAGCUCAGAAUAUUUCGAGCAGAAGCAUGAAAUCAGUAUGUGUUUAUUGCAGCAAGAGCGUUUCACAGAAUACAUUCUUUCAGCAUUUCUCGUCUCUUACACAAGCAUACAAUGGAUUAUACAAAAUAACAACAUAGGAAAGUUUAACUAUCAUAUAUAUAUAUAUACAUAUACGCCUUAUGGUGUGUGUGUGUGUCUGUGUGUUUGCGCGCGCGCGCCUCUUAAAUAGUAACUAGCGUGCACUAGGGCCCUUGAUAAUAGCAUGCACUAGGGCCUGUCGUAACUACCUUACGCCACUGUGCUAUACACUACCCAUACAUCCAACCCCCCCCCCUUUGGAACCAGGAGGUGUCAAAAUGUCACUAGAGGAGGUGUCACUAGAACUACAAACCUCCAUACUCUAUUGGUUGAUAGACAGGCAUGAUGACAGCAGGAACACCCCCCUGUCAGAGACAUAAAUAGUAUAUAUGCCAACAAAGGUCAUAGAUCCCUACAGCACUUUAUGAAUGACAUGCUUUCAUUGUGACUGGUGAGUAUCUAAUUCAGAGUGGCAAUAUACAGUGUAUUUAACCUGUAUGUGUGUGUUGACAUUUUUAAUACAAACCCUUCAAUGUGCAACAUGCAAAUGAAUUUGAUGUGAUGAAACUUCCUUUUUACUUUUCAAAACACAUAUCAUUAUAGCAUUGAUUUGGUUUCAACUGUAUUUUCUUAACCAUGGAAAAUGUUUAAUGUAAUCGGUAAGGUUGUGCCAUUUUCAAGUUUAUAUAUGAUAUUGAGUAUAUAUAUAUAUAUAACUUGUCAGAAGGUACAAAUAUACAGGUUCAAUUUAUCUUUAAAAGUGCAUUUAAAUGAAUACUAUACCAUUACAAGUUCUAAACUUUUAGUUUUCUUUCUUGCUACAGAAAAAAACGAAGGUGAGAAGAGGAAUUCUUAUUUAAAAUUGAAUUUGUCAAAAUGCUCCCAGAGCCAAACUUCACCACAACUUCAAACCUCACAACCACGAUUCCUAAUAGUGGUGAUGGUGGCUGCCCACCAGUCGGUAAACAACUGGGACGUGUGAUCCUGACCCCAGUCUACACCAUUGAUGUCAUACUGGGGCUGCUGGGAAACAUAGUUGCCCUGUGGAUCUUCUGCUUUAAACUGAAGACCUGGAAGCCUAACCACCUGUUCCUCUUCAACCUGGUUAUCGCCGACUUCAUGCUUCUUCUAUGUCUGCCGUUGAGGAUCGAUGACUUGCUCAGGGGCCACUGGGUGUUUGGAGAUGGCCUGUGCCGGAUUAACCUCUUCCUGCUGUUUACUAACCGCUCGGCCAGCAUUGCGCUCAUGACCGUGGUGGCCAUUUACCGCUACUUUAAGGUGGUCCACCCUCACCACCGCUUCACCCGCAUGACCAAUCGGCAGGCUGCGUUCGUGGCGGUGUUUGUCUGGCUGUUGGUGAUCAGUCCUCGGGUUCCCAUUCUGGCUUACAACCACAUCAAGGGCAGCGACAACAACACCCAGUGCUUGUUUUUCACUCCUCACAAAGAGACGCUCUGCGCCAUCAUCAUCCUGGUGGGCAUGCACCGCGUGCUGAUGGUGCUGGAGUUCAUCUUCCCACUGGCCAUGCUACUGUACUGCUCCAUCCGGAUUUCCAGCUUCCUAAAGGCACAUCAGAUGGGAAAACCUGACAAGGUACGCAAGGCAAUGCGAGUGUGCACCGCCAUCGUUGCAGUGUUUACGGUGUGCUUCCUACCUAGUACGGUGACGACCAUCGGAGUGUGGGUCAUCCGCUCAUACCGCCCGUCGGACUGUGCCGCCUUCAACACCAUCGUGCCGCUCAGCCUUGUGUCUUUCGGGCUGAAUUUCCUGAACUCGGCACUAGACCCCAUUGUCUACGUCUUCUCCAGCUCCAUGUUCAGGAAGGCCCUGUUGGGUGCGUUGUCCUGUGCCAUGCGCUGCGGACAGAACGCAAGCGAGAACACGCCGUCCUCGUCAGGAACUCAGUCAACCAACCAGAAAGAGCUGAAAUCCAUGAGGGCCAGUGGGGACACCUAGAGGACGCCAGGGAAGCACAGCCUCCUCAGAAUACAAUGACCUGAGAUGUGAACCUCUCUAAAACAACAACAAACACUUCACAUGAUUAUAUUCCAAUUUUAAUUAGGUGGCGUACCUUAUAUUUUAUCGUGAUUAUGGUGACAGGAAAGCUUUUCAAUGUUAUAUCGUUGUAGGUUUCUCGCUUAACAGUAGCCUAUUUUCGCAGCCAAGGUACAGAGGUAAUUGUCGUAGUAGACAAUGGAUGUAUUUGGUUAAGUUGCCAUUUGAGCAACUGCUAAAUAUUAGAAAGAAAGGGAGGCCGAUGCCAGAUUUAGCUUUACAGCCAAGUUAACUACUGCUAGAAAGCCGUGGUUUACCACAGGGUGUGCAGAUUUAUCUAAUUUGGUUAAAGCAAUUGGCAGAUGUGAGAAAUCAAAGUCCCAUAUUACAUCUAGCCUUAAAUUAAAGGAAUUCGGCUAAGUAAUUGCCAUGAGCGUCCAAAAACACAAUAGCUAGGUAACUAAAAACCGUCACCAUUAAAAAUAAUAUAUUAGUGUGGUGUUGUACAUGGGAGAGCAAGAAGUGGCAUUUCGUGGGCAUGAUGAAUCUGCUCUUAGUCUCAACAGGGAUGAUUUCAUUGAGCUUAUUGAUGCCAGAGAGUCAUAGAUCCUUUCGCCUCAUUGAAUGAGAGCCACGGUCUUAUAAGUUAGUUGGGCUGGAGCCGUAUAUAUGUAAUUCAAUUCAAUUAAAUUUUAUUUAUAUAGCGCCAUAACAAUACAAUUGUCU